AUGUUUCAUCCAAGGAUGUUGCCGUUGCCCCUCUCUGCGUCGACGCCUGCCGCGGUUUCCGCCUCCGUCGACGGCGCCGCCGCAGACGAAGAUACGAUCGCGAUUUCAGACGCAGAAUCUCUCAGUUGCAUGGUGAUCUGCAGCGCUAUUUCUAGUAGCACACCUGAACCACUUGCUACUACGAGCCAUGGCUGCUUUCUCGACGAGUUACUCGACGAUGUUCUGGUCAAUGUCCUCGCCGCGCUUGGCUCUGCGCAACUCGUGGCAGCGGCCGGCGCGGUCUGCCGUAGAUGGCGCCGACUCGUGCCGUUCGUCCCCUCGCUCGCCUUCGCCCGCCUCUCGCUCGCUCCUGCUAAAAUCGAAGAGGUGGUAUCGCGUAUGGUGAUGCGCUCGCACGGCCUGUCGUCUCUCCACGUGGAGUCCGUGAAUUGCGGCGGGAGUCACGGCAGCGUCAGCGGCGCCAGCAGCGCGCAUCCCCGCGAGUUCAUUGUCGAGGCGUGGGCCCGCCACGCUGGCUGCACCCUCCGACACGUCACCCUCAUGCACCACAAGGCCGUCACUGCCGCCGGAUACUCCGCCGCGAAUUCCGCUGGGAGCUCCGACGUUCCCAGCUGCACGGUCUACGCGGGCGGUCCGGACCUGAGCGCCCAUCUGCAGCAUCUCGCGUCACAUUGCCCCAACCUCUCCUCGAUGCGUCUCGGCUCGUGCACCCUCCCGCCACAUUCCCUCCGCGGAUACUCUGUCUUUCCGCAUCUGCGCACGCUUUCCCUUGAGUGGCUCAACCUGUCCGAUUCCACGCUCCAAUCUCUGCUCGACGCGUGCCCCAAUCUCCACCACCUCGCCAUCUUCAUGGCGGCGGGUCUCGCCGCACAAGCCGCCUCCUAUCCCGCCGGCUAUAACGCUGCCCAACAAGCCGCCGACAGAGCGCGGGCAGCAGCUUCCGCGGCGACGGGACAGCGCUGGGGGCUGUGCUUGCGCCUGCCCCCGCGAUUGGAGUAUAUUGAGCUCGCUUAUUUGCGCAUCUCCGCCGUUACGCUUAUCUGCAGCGAGGCUACCUGUACCGAGGACACGAGCGUGCUUGGCGGCGGCGGCGGCGGCGGUGGCGGCGGAAGCGGCGGCCUCCGCGAGGUGUCGGUUCGAGACAUGUUCCUCACCGCGCUCUCCCUCCCCAACGCGCGCGCGCUCCGAUCGCUCUCCGUCGCCACCGCCUCCGCGCUGCGCCUCUCCGCGCCCGCUUCCGCCGCCCUCGCGUCGCUCGAGGUCCGCGCGGGAAGCGUCCACUGGCCGUCGCUCGAGUCGCUCGUUGCGGGCGCGGGCGCGUCGCUCACGCUCCUCGCGCUGGAUCUCUUCACCGUGGAAUGCGGCGGCUCUGGCGCUCCGCGCAGCGGCGCGGCGGCCGAUCCCUCGCGGGAGGCGGCGGCGCACGACGGGGUUGACGGGACGCGGGGAGUCACGGCAAUAACAACCGCCGCGGGAAGCGGAAGUCUCGAUAUGCUGAACUUGGAUUGGCUAACGGGUCAUUGCCCUAAUCUCUCCUCGCUUUCCCUGGGGCCUCUACCUUGGGAGUGCCUUAUCCGCGGCGGUUGCAUCACCGCCCCUGCUUGGUCGCCUGGGUCGGGUUCGGACGCGGGAGGUUCGGCAGACGAUUGGUUGACGCUGGGUCAGGUGAUGAACCCGGUUGAUGUGGACGCUUGGCCGAGCCAGCUGGAGAAUCUUUCAGUAAAGCUUCGGAGAAGAAGCGGGGCUACACUGCUUUGGAUUGGUGCGUUUAUGCGACAAUGUGCGGGUAGUUUGAAGAGUGUGGAGGUGUUGUGUAUGGAGGAUGAGGAGGAGGAAGAUGAGGACGAGGAGGGGGAAGAGGAGGAAAAGGAGGAAGAUGAUGAGGAGUCCAGUGAGUGUGGAAGUGAGAUUCAGGAUGACGAGGAGCAGCAAGAGGGGAUGGAGUCUGAGGAUGAAGGGUCUGCUGAAGAGUGGAACGGGGAGGAAAGAGAAGAGGAUUUGGAGUUAACUGCCCGCGUAGCAGCGUCAUGCUGCUAUGCGUAG